CAUCUUCGUUUGCUCAAUGCCGUACCGGAUGAACUGUUUUAGUCCAACCUGCUCAACCAGCGACGAACGCGUGUAAACUACUUGUCGUACCAAACUGAUUGAUUAAUUUCAUUGCGGGUAACGUGGAACCCUGCUGCGAAUCAUGGCUCGCGCGGAACCCGACUUGGAUGACAUUCUUGAAGAACUUGACGCUCCGCCAAGGAGUGCAGUGAAGGGAAUUAUCCAAAGCAUCAACAACCAUCGGACAGUUCAACAAUGCCUCGAUUUGUGGUUGCGCUUCCUCUUACACAACCCACUCAUCGGCAGCCUGGCCCAGCCAGUUGUCGGACAACGCAGAUUGGAUCUGUUGCGCCUAUUUCUCGUGACCUUUCUCAGCGCGUGCCUGAUUUUCGGCAUACAGAGCCUGAUACAAGAACCACUCGCCCACCAACAAGUAGCCAGCGCCCAGAUUCCCGCCAUCAUCCUGUUUGUCGCUAAUUUACCGUUUAUUUUCUACUGCGUACGCGGCCUAACUGACGUUGUGCUUUUCGCGCUGCAAGGACCAUCCAUGUCGGCCUUAGUCCGUUCUCUGCGUGACGGCCAUCAAUGCCGGCCACCGGCGUUUUUGGUGAUGUUGUCCUUUGUGGUCAUGGGAAUGAUGGUAUCGAUUACGGCGUAUAAGGCGUACGCUUCCCUGUUGCUCGCCAACAACCUGCCGGAUGACGGUGAUACGAGCAGGUUCUUGGUCUGGAACGUCAGCGAGAAAAUGGUGGCGUACGCAUCCAUCGUCCUGAUCGGUCUUGUCGAUUUCAUGUCGACGAUAACCGCGGGGUUUUUUGCCGGCGUCAUCCUUCUCUACAUAACAUCAGCCGUCACGCCGCUCCUCCAAGAUCUUGGACAACUUAAAGCGACAAUUGCCACGACGGAUACUACGCAGUUACGAGCGCUGCACGAUGAAAUCCUGCGCUGUCAUGAGCAGGAGAAAGCGCUGCCCGUGCUAUUCCGGCGCAUCAUGCAAAUGUUCUCUCCGGCGUUAUCUGCUUGGCUGCUAAUGGACAUCCUCAUCGUCAUCGUGUACAUGGCACGGUCGUUCGCUGUCGUGUUCAAGGACACGGCAGCGGAGGUGGAGUUCUGGAUGGCACCGAUGCCGCACAUUAUCCAUGCCUUCUUUGUGGUCUUCAUGGCGGAACAACCGAAGAAAAUGGGACGAAAAAUAAGCGGUCUGUGGAAAAAGCUGCAGGAAGACGUCUUUACCGCCUUCUACACACCCACGAUUUAG